CACUAAAGUUGCGGUAUUUCUGGCAAGUCUAAACACAUUCUAGAUCUCCACAGAAGCGCAACGCAGGUCAAUCCAGAAACCAGAGGAAAAAACAAAGGCUCAGAAAAGCUUUAACAUAGAUAUAUACGGAUAAGUAUACGUAUACCUACGGUGAGAGAGAAAAAGAGAGAGAGUGAGAUAUGGAGGCUGAAAGGAGAGUUGGGGUGGCCGUGGAUUUCUCUGCAAGCAGCAAGAAUGCGUUGAAAUGGGCUGUGGAUAACGUUAUCCGGAAAGGGGAUCAUCUUAUCCUUGUUACCAUACGACCUGAAGGGAAUUAUGAGGAGGGGGAGAUGCAGCUUUGGGAAGUCACCGGUUCACCUUUUAUCCCUUUAAGUGAGUUCUCUGAUCCCGUUGUCAUGAAGAAGUACGGGAUGAAGCCUGACCCUGAAACCUUGGACAUUGUCAACACAGCGGCUACGGAGAAAGAAGUUGAGGUGCUCAUGAAGAUUUUCUGGGGUGAUCCACGUGAUAAGUUAUGUGAGGCCAUUGAUAAUAUCCCUCUGAGCUGCAUAAUUGUAGGAAACAGAGGGCUUGGCAAGCUUAAGAGGGCUAUAAUGGGCAGUGUAAGCAACUAUGUGGUGAAUAAUGGUUCCUGCCCUGUUACUGUGGUGAAGCAUCAUGACUGAGUGCUACGCUUGCUCUGAUGACUUAUUUUGCUGGCGGCUGGCCUGGUUUAUGUGGUGGAAUGUAGAAUUAAGUUGUAUGAAAUAAACCUGUUGAUUUAAACCUUUUCUUGAAGUUAGACAAGCUUCAUGUUAUUGUAUAUAUUGAUGGGGUUUCCUGUAAACUAGACUUGCCAAUCAAGGACUAAUGUGAGAAUAAAUUCUGUCUGCAGUUCUAGGAACUGCUGAUCAGUGAUUGUUUUGAUUGUUUGAACUAA